CAAAAAUGGGCUGGCUUUAGUCUCUUAACAAAUUGGACACCGCUCCGGCGGCAGGAGCAGUCCCCAACCCAACCUACAGGCGCUGGGAACUUGCAAGCAGCCAGGGGCCGCUGAAAAUAGCACUUCUUUUUCUUCCUUUGUGUUCAAAAUUAUUUUCUUUCUCCACCAGGUUUUGCUCCCCCCUCCCCACCCCCACGCAGUUGUUCCCCGUUAGUAACUCGAGCUCUCGGAGAGGUCAGAUCCGUCUGCUUCGCCUCCUCUCCCCCCUUCCCGUGUUUGUUUUCUGCGCAUCUCCUUCAGGGAGUCGCCGGGGCUGGCGUCCCCCCUGCUUCUUCUUUUCGGAGCAGACCCAUUUCCACCGCGGCUGCCUCUUUUCUUCUUCCCCCUCUCCCUCAGUCCCCGAGCGUCUCGGCGCUCUCCCAUCGCCCCGCCUCUGCGCUCCCCGCUUCUCCUCCUCGGAUGAGCUGAGAGCCCCCGGGGCGAGUGUAUAUGGAAAUAGUGGGGUGCCGAGCAGAAGACAGCUCGUGUCCUUUCCGCCCCCCAGCCAUGCUCUUCCACGGGAUCUCUGGAGGCCACAUCCAAGGCAUCAUGGAAGAGAUGGAGCGCAGAUCCAAGAGCGAGGCCCGCCUGGCCAAAGGCGCCCAGCUCAACGGCCGCGACGCGGGCAUGCCCCCGCUGAGCCCGGAGAAGCCCGCCCUGUGCGCUGGCUGCGGGGGCAAGAUCGCCGACAGGUACUACCUGCUGGCCGUGGACAAGCAGUGGCACCUGAGGUGCCUGAAGUGCUGUGAAUGUAAGCUGGCGCUCGAGUCCGAGCUCACCUGCUUCGCCAAGGACGGCAGCAUUUACUGCAAGGAGGAUUACUACAGAAGGUUCUCUGUGCAGAGAUGUGCCCGCUGCCACCUCGGCAUCUCCGCCUCCGAGAUGGUCAUGCGCGCCCGAGACUCCGUCUACCACCUGAGCUGUUUCACCUGCUCCACGUGCAACAAGACCCUGACCACGGGCGACCACUUUGGCAUGAAGGGCAACCUGGUGUACUGCCGCGCCCACUUCGAGACCCUCUUGCAAGGAGAGUAUCCGCCGCAGCUGAGCUACACCGAGCUGGCGGCCAAGAGCGGCGGCUUGGCCCUGCCUUACUUCAACGGCACCGGCACCGUGCAGAAGGGGCGGCCCCGGAAACGGAAGAGCCCAGCGCUAGGGGUGGACAUCGUCAAUUACAACUCAGGUUGUAACGAGAACGAGGCCGACCACUUGGACCGGGAUCAGCAGCCUUACCCGCCCUCGCAGAAGACCAAGCGCAUGCGCACCUCCUUCAAGCAUCACCAGCUACGGACCAUGAAAUCCUACUUCGCCAUCAACCACAACCCGGACGCCAAGGACCUCAAGCAACUUGCUCAGAAAACGGGCCUGACCAAAAGAGUUCUGCAGGUUUGGUUCCAAAACGCACGAGCCAAAUUCAGAAGGAACCUUUUGCGGCAGGAGAAUGGGGGUGUUGAUAAAGCCGAUGGCACGUCGCUUCCGGCCCCGCCCUCGGCAGACAGCGGCGCGCUGAGUCCACCGGGCACUGCGACCACUUUAACAGACCUGCCCAAUCCCUCUCUCACUGUAGUGACAGCCGUGACCUCUAGCAUGGACAGCCACGAGUCCGCGAGCCCCUCGCAGACUACCUUAACGAACCUUUUCUAACAUUGGGUUUGGGUUUUUUUUUUUAAAUUCUUACUCUUCUUUUUAUUAUUAUUCUAAUGAUUAUUUUAUUAUUUACAAAACGAUAUUUUUUUCCCUCACCCACAAGAUACUUGGCAAGUAACAACGACAGCUUGGUGUGUAGUGUCUUGCAGCCACUUGGCAAAUGAGUUUACAGUAUCGUCUCCUUUACAAAGUGUAUUAUUAUUUUUUGUCUACAAAGUGUAUUUGGAUUUAAAAAAGAUUAAUUAGAUCGUUCAGUCGGUAAGGGGAAUUUUGGAAUCAUUCUAAUAAGUGCCUCUUAAAAUUGUAUGUUACUUAUUUCCAGAAUCUCAAAGGAAAAAGCAAAACAAAGAGUGGUAUUGUGAUGGGCAAAGAAUCAUAUUCCCAGUUACAUAAUUAGGCUAACAAGGAAUCAGAUAAUUGAUUAAAAUUAUUUUUUAAUCUUGCAACUGUACCUGUACUUAUGAAAGUUUGGAAACUUCACAUUGUCUUUUUUAAAAAUUUUAAAAUGCAAAAAAUGUUUUAAUCAUUCCUUUUUCUUACAAAUGAGGAAUAUGGUUAAAUAAACAAUAGCUAAUUUAAAUAUUAAAGAUUGAUUAGAUGGGAAAAUCUAA